AUGUAUCGGUGUUGUUUGCAGGAAGAAAUGAACGGAGAGAUUUCGUUUAAAGAUUUGAAAGCGUUACUGGACGAUAAUAACAUAGAUUUAAGCAUGCGUGAGCUAGUAUCCAUCCCAGUAAAAUCUUUAAGUAAAAUCCCGCGUGCUACGCACCUCGACUUUUCGAACAAUUUAAUAACAUCGAUCCCGGCAGAUUUCUGUUGCUUAACGCAUGUCACCAAGUUAGAUCUAAGCAACAACCACAUUGUCCAUCUGCCAGACGAAUUCGGCAAAUUGAUCAACCUUUUUCAUCUUGAUUUGUACAAAAAUGAAAUUGAGGAACUUCCUUUAUCUUUCGGUGAAUUGGUUUCACUAAAAUGGUUGGAUCUGAAAGGCAAUCCUUUGGAAUCUGAACUUUUGCAAGCAGCGGGCGAUUGUUUAGAUGAAAAAGGCUGUAAGACGGCUGCUUCGAAUGUUGUACGACUUAUGCGUGAUCGAGCUGCCAAGCAGCAGCGACUUCUUGAAAAACAGAAAUCUGUCAAAAAACAAUUCGAGGUUAGUAAUACAGUCAUUCAUAGUUCAACUAUUCAAAAAGAAAAAACAAAGAAAAAGAAAAAUAAGCACCGAGAUCUGGCUUAUGAGCAUCUGGAGCCAACUAUUGAACGUGCGCAACAAAAUGGACCUCGGACUGUACCAAGAAAAAACGAAAAAGCAGGUCAUGAACCGAAAAGAAACGAAAAGCGCAAGUCAAAUAGUGUGCUGUCUCUUUGGUGGAGAAUUUUAACUAUUUUGUUCAUUCUUACGUUGGUUGUGUCCGUACUUGCUUUUGCUGUAGUGGUGAGCAAUUGUGUUAGCGAGCCACGGCGCUGGUUCUUGUCGUCAAAACCGUUCUGUGAAGAUUUACAAACAGUACUGAAAAAACAUUCACUUCCAUCAACGAUUUCUGGCAACUUCUUUUUUUCAAUCACAUCGUUAUUGAAGCCGUAUGUUGAUGCUAUUAGUGAAGCUUGGGAAGAGUUCGAGCAAAAAUACAAUUUGAUUGCUUGUAUCAAAGAUUCUUAUAAUUUGUUUUAUAUGAAAUUGGUCUCAUUGGGAUUAUUAGUGCAAGGCUACACAAUUUAUAAGUACGAUAAUUUUAUGGCUUUUUACGAUGCGUAUGCUGCGGAUGUUGUUAAUAAUGCUGUGAAAAAUAUAUGGCUUUUAGUGAGGAUAUUUGGCUUGAUGAUUGCCGAUUUAUUGAUGCUUAUUGUUGACGAAGGUUUCCGUUUCGUUUCAUCGAUUUUUGAAACGAUACUUACAUAUGCAUACAGAAAUAUUCAGUUGGUGGAAGAAUUGUAA